AGGUGCAAUGGGACACUUUCAUUGGCCAGGAGCGACGGCUCUUACCCCCCAUCGAUGGCAGGCAGGGGAAGAAGCCCAUUUUCUGGACUGACCCCCUUGCAGGGCCAUACGGCCGGUACGGGUGCCUGCCGCCCAUCCAGAGCCAGUUCUCCAUCGAGAGCGACUCCGACAUGACAGAGUCCACUGGCCUGAUCCAGGAGUAUGAUGUGUUCAACCCCAGCAGACCCCGUCCCAAAAUCGUCUUUGUGAUCGGAGGCCCUGGCAGUGGGAAGGGCACACAGAGCACCAAGAUCGCCUCCCACUUUGGCUUCGUCUGCGUCUCCGUGGGGGAAAUCCUGCGCAAGCAGAUGAUCCAUCGUGCCACCAGUGACAGGAAGUGGGAGCUGAUCGCCAAGAUCAUCGCCAAUGGGGAGCUGGCCCCGCCGGAGACCACCAUCGAGGAGCUGAAGCAGCAGUUCAUUAAGCAGCAGGACGCUGAGGGCUUUGUGGUGGACGGGUUCCCCCGGGAGAUUGGCCAGGCCUUCACCUUUGAGGAGCAGAUCGGCCCCCCAGACCUGGUGCUUUUCUUGGCCUGUUCAAACCAACGUCUCCGGCAGCGUCUGGAGAAACGGGCCCUGGAGCAGGGUCGGCUGGAUGAUAAUGCCCACGCCAUUGACCGGAGGGUGGAGACCUUCAAGCAAAACAUCCUGCUGAUUGUGAAGUAUUACCAGGAAAAGGGCGUCAUCAUCCGGUUUGACGCAGACAGAGAGGAGGAGGAUGUAUUUGUUGACAUCAGCUCUAUGAUUCAGGAGCGGCUCUUCCCACGUGGCAUCCCUACAGCAGGGUCGCUGCAGUUGGCUCUGUUAGACUCGCCUUGUGGAGAAUAUCCCCAGGAGGAAGAUGAGGAGGGGCAGAUUGAAGAGCUUCUUUGCCCAGAUCUCCUCAGAAUGGCGACAGAAAAACUGAAGAACAGCAAAAUCAUCUUCGUGGUGGGUGGGCCCGGCUCAGGGAAAGGGACCCAAUGCGAGAAGAUCGUGCAAAAGUAUGGCUAUACCCACCUGUCCACCGGAGACCUCCUGAGGGCAGAGGUCAGCUCUGGCUCCGAGAGGGGCAAGAAGCUCUCUGCCAUCAUGGAGAAGGGAGAGCUGGUGCCAUUGGACACGGUGCUUGAUAUGUUGCGGGACGCCAUGGUGGCCAAGGCAGACAUCUCCAAGGGGUUCCUGAUUGAUGGGUAUCCCCGAGAGGUAAAGCAAGGCGCGGAGUUCGAGAAGAAGAUCGCCCCCCCAACACUGCUGCUCUACGUGGAUGCCGGGAAGGACACCAUGGUCAAGCGCUUGUUGAAACGGGGGGAGACCAGUGGGCGGGUGGAUGACAAUGAGGAGACGAUCAAGAAGCGCUUGGACACUUACUACAAGGCCACCGAGCCAGUCAUCGCAUUCUACGAGAAAAGAGGGAUUGUCCGAAAGCUGAGUGCAGAAGGCAGCGUGGAUGAUGUGUUCGUACAGGUCUGCACUCAUCUGGAUGCCCUGAAGUAAAGUGCAAAAGGGACCCCCAUCGCUAACCCCUUCCCACCUGGAGAGAACAUCACCCCCUUCCCACCCCAGAGCCCAAGAACCCCCCCAUUGGAGUUCCAGGCAGAGACAGCGGAAGUGUCUUUAUCCUGUUUUUGUGGACACAAUCUCAUGGAGGAAAUUUCAAGGACAUUGUGUUUGGCUCCUUCCCUUCUCCACACAGUAAAAUUCACUUUAAAGAGCCCAGGGUUUAUCUUUUUCUUCUGCAACAGGAAGUGAGUUUUUCUUUCCAGAGAUGUUGCCCCCCUCCCCCCUCAAGGUUGAUUAAAGGCAGGAAGCAGCCUGUUUAUCCCACUCCAUAGUAUCAGCAGGA